AUGAGUUUUUAUGGGAGUUAUGAGGGUUGUUACCGCAUCCAACCAGGCGGCUCUGAUACCACUGAUACCACUGAUGAAGUUAUUUUUAUGACCUCGCAAUUAGCCAUUGCAGCAGACCAGCCCUUUCGGUUUCCUGCCACAUUCACAUUUGUUGUUAGAGCCUUCUCAGUGUUGGAUGGCAUUGGAAAGGGCCUCGAUCCUCGUUUUGAUAUUACUGAGAUUGCCAAACCUUAUGCUCUGGAGUUGCUAAAAUUCCGUGAGGCAGGAGUUGAAGUUAUCAUAAAGGACUUCCGAAAGAGAUGGGACAGACAAUCUCAAGCAUUUUACAACUUAUUUAGACAGGCUGAAAGGGUUGAAAAGCUUGCUGAAAUCAUCCAAAAAUUGGAGCAAGGUGAUCUAAAGCUCCGAGUCCGAACUUUGGAAUCUGAGAGGGCAUUCCAGCGUAUUGCCACUGUCCAGAAGACAAUAGGGAAUGUGAGUAUGGAUGGCCUCUAACAUAAUAUAAUUAUA